CUAAUAUUUGCAUACGCCAGGACCUGAUAACAUUUCCCAUUCUCACUCACUAUAUAUACAAGUCAUGAUGCCAAUUAUAACACCCUCCCACAUUUCCAAUAUAAAUUAAACGCAGGCGAGUCCUGCAUGUGGGUUAGAUCAUCUAGUCCUGCUGUUGUUGUCGUCGACGUCGUCGUUCAAGAUCAGAAUUCGAUCUGUUACUAUAUAUUAAUGCGUGAAGAAUGAGUUGCAAUGGAUGCCGAGUUCUAAGAAAGGGUUGCAGUGAUAACUGCAUGCUUAGGCAAUGCCUACAAUGGAUGGAAGACCCCCAAGCUCAAGCCCACGCCACCGUUUUUGUGGCCAAGUUCUUUGGCCGCGCCGGCCUCUUCUCUUUCAUCAACGGCGUCUCUGAGUCCCAACGACCCGCUUUGUUUCAGUCGUUAUUAUUUGAGGCGGUGGGGCGGACUAUAAAUCCUGUAAAUGGGGCAAGAGGGCUUCUUUUGAGUGGGAAGUGGGAGGUGUGCCAGGCGGCGAUAGAGACGGUGUUACAUGGCGGCGCGUUGGAGCCACUUCCCGAGUAUAGUCGUGACAACCAUUAUGUUCGUGAACAUCAGGUUCGAGUAGAACAACGGCAAUCCACCAAGAAGAAGAGGCCUAAUUUUGCUGUCGAUGAUGACGUGGCUAAUUUCCAACUGCCCGAUCUCAAUCUUUGCUUGACAUCUGCAGCUGGGUUGACGUCGAGGACGAAACGGAGGGAUUGUAGAGCGUCAACGCCGUCCGUUGAAGACUAGGAAACGACGACGUUGGGGAGUUCUUCAUCAGAGAACAAAGGUACUGCUGGUAAUUUAGAGAGAACAAAGCUUCUGAGGUUAUUCAUUUGAAACCUUGUUCUCCUCCGUUUUGUUGUUGCCGAGUAAAUAAUCUGUGGGGAAGAAAAUAUUUCCACAAAUUAUUAAAUAGUCUUUGGUUGUAUAAGCAUAUAAGGCACUCUUGCAUUGAGUUGAUUUUUGACCUUUUACUAUAGAUUUGAAUCAUUUGAUCUGAAAUUUUUUUUUUUUUAAAGGAUUAAUUAUCUUAAACCUCCAAUCUUUUAGUGUCAUUCUAAAUUAGUCUCAACUUUUUUAAACAUUCCAAACAAGUACCCAACAUAUUGUCAUAUCCAUUAAGUUUCAGUUAAAUUUUCAGUUAAAUGUACAUGUGACAAUAAUAGAUCCCACUU